AUGGCAGCCUACCAUCUUGGACGACAAAGCCCAUUUUUCGAACAGCUCGGACUUCUCACCCACUCAGGCCUGUUCCGUGUUGGCCAACACCGUGACAACUUGAAGAAUGCUUGCAUACCCGACCCCAACCCCGAGUCCGAGAUUCCUGUUCUUGACGCAAUCGCGAUCGCACUGGCGACAGCCCCAGGGGAAUUUUUCGCCGCUGCAUUCGAAAGACGACGAGUAGGCCAUUCGUCGCUUGGUGGAAAUGCAUAUGAGGUUUUACCUUUCCUGCUUUCUCGUUGCUGCAAAAACAUCGUGAGACGGACCGUGAAGAUGCGCGAGUCCGCGGGCACGUUCUUGUAUGUCCUCGAGGAAGUCCUCGUGAUUUACAAGUUCCUACGCUCCACCGAGGAGUUUCCCAACUCUGCGGAGUACCGCAAAAUAAAGUAUUCCGGAGAUGAACCCCCAUUUCCGCAGAUGAUGCACAAUAUUAUAGAGGCUAUUCAGUCAAUGGAUCAAGCUUUUCACUUCGAGGGUGCCAGUCACUCAGCUGGACACUACUCGGUGCUCGGGACGACCACCUCCAUUCUCCGGAAAUCCGCUCUUCUACGAGUAGCUGCCAAUUAUGCGCUUCCCUUCUGGCGGCUAGCAGAAAGACUAGAACGCUGUCUCACCAAGGCUUGCGAGUAUUAUCAUGGCAUCAACCACCUCAUCCGGUACGCAAAGGGUCAUUUCCCCUGUGGCAUUAACUAUUGCUGGGCCGACGCUACUGCCAGUACUCAGGCGACUACAACUGAACUCGACGACAACUACUUGGAGGCCAUAUCCCGUGCAUUUGGCAGCCCCCUCUCGAAGGAAACUGUAGCCAACGCGCGCGAGAGGCUCCCAGAUGUGGAGCGACAACUAUUCCCUCAAGACCCAGGUUCAUGCUAAAAUCCGCACUUUGCCCCAUCUCGGCACCCCGUUCAACUCUUCGGA